CCCAGUCCCUGCGUGGUGCGUGGUGCGUGGUGCGUGGUGCUUCAAUGAUUCUAAAACCCAGACGCGGCAAAUAACAUGAUACACAUUAGAAAAUCCUAAAACCCCGCAACCAACAUGAUACACAUUCCUUCUUGUCUAAAACCCUAAACCUUAACUUCCAAAAUUUAGAGCUUUCACUUCCCACAACCUCCUUCAAUGGCGGAACCAAAUUCAACCUUCAAACCCAUCAAACCGAAGCUCAAACCCAAACCCAGAACCCCAAAACAAACCCCAGAAUCGAAGUACUGGUCCUCCUUCAAAACCCACCAAAUCCCAGACCUCAUCUCCUCCAUCACUUCCCUCACUUUCUCUCCCUCUCCUCCUCACCCUUUCGCCGCCACUCACUCCACUUCCCUCAAAAUCUUCAAUCCCCAAACCCUCUCUCCUUCCUCCACCAUCUCCUCCUUCUCCGACGUCGUUUCCUCCGCCUCCUUCCGCUGUGACGGCCUCUUGAUCGCCGCCUCUGACCUCUCGGGUCUAAUCCAAGUGUUCGAUGUAAAAACGCGGACCCCACUUCGUAAACUCAGGUCCCACACACGCCCGGUACGUUUUCUCAAAUACCCACUUCAUGAUAAGCUCCAUUUGGUCUCUGGUGGCGAUGAUGCUGUUGUUAAGUAUUGGGAUGUUGCUUCUGAAACCCCACUUUUAGAGCUUUUGGGUCAUAAGGACUAUGUGCGUUGUGGUGAUUUUUCGCCUGCUAGUCAUGAAAUGUGUGUCACUGGGUCUUAUGAUCAUACGGUUAAGCUUUGGGAUGUGAGAGUGACCGGUUCGAAAACGGUUAUGGAAGUUAACCAUGGAAAACCAGUUGAAAGUGUGGUUUUUUUGCCAUCUGGGGGGUUAGUUGCUACUGCAGGUGGGAAUUCGGUUAGGAUCUGGGAUUUCAUUGGAGGUGGGAAGAUGGUUUAUUCAAUGGAAAGUCAUACCAAGACGGUUACUUCAGUUUGUGUAGGGAGAGUUGGGAAGGAGAAUGUUGAGGAAGGGAGGGAGCAUAGGGUUUUGAGUGUGGGAUUGGAUGGGUAUAUGAAGGUGUUUGAUUAUGGGAGGAUGAAGGUCACACAUUCUAUGAGGUUCCCUGCACCACUUAUGUCAAUCGGGUUUUCACCGGAUUGUGGGGUGAGAGUGAUUGGCAGUUCGAAUGGGGUAAUGUAUGUUGGGAAGAGAAAAAUGAAGGAGGAGAAUGUGGAGAGUAGUUUGAGAAGCUUUUGGAGUUUAGGUGUGGAGCAGGAGAGAAGGGUUAUGAGGCCUUCAUAUUUUCGGUAUUUUCAUAGAGGGCAGGGUGAGAAGCCUAAGGAGGGGGAUUAUUUGGUUAUGGGACCAAAGAAGGUGAAGUUGGCAGAGCAUGAUAAAUUAUUGAAGAAGUUUAGGCACAAGGAGGCAUUGGUGUCGGUGUUGGGCAAUAAGAAUCCAGAGAAUGUGGUGGCAGUGAUGGAGGAAUUGGUGGCAAGGAGGAAAUUAUUGAAGUGUGUUGAGAAUUUGGAUAACGAGGAGCUUGGGUCGCUGUUGAUGUUCUUACAGAAGUAUUCUACAGUGCCAAGAUUCUCAGGUUUGUUGAUGGGAUUGACAAAGAAGGUUCUUGAAAUGCGGGUUGAAGAUAUCAGAGCUUCUGAGGCCUUGAAGGGUCAAAUUAGAAACCUUAAGCGUUCUGUUGAGGAGGAGAUACGUAUACAACAUUCUUUGCAAGAGCUACAGGGUAUCAUUUUUCCUUUGCUUAGGAUUGCUGGAAGGGGAUGAAACUUUAUUGCCUUUUUGGUUUUUUAUGAGAUCCUCGAGUAUGCAUUUAAAGGGUGAGAUUCAAUUCAAAUAAAUCUAAGGCCUACAAUUUGCCAUCUCAUCUAAAAGCAUCUUCCAGAGGAGAGGGAGAAGAAAGGUAAUCUCUCAUUGCCGACAGAGGUGUCAUGGUCGGCAGAGCUUGGCGGUUGUGGUCAUUGCAGUCGUGGAAGAGUGGGUGACCAGAUGGAGCCGGGUUUGGUAGUGCUGUUGCCGCUGGAGCUGGUUGCCAUGGUGGUGGUGGGACUGUUCAUGGUCUGGCAGCGAUAGUGGUGUGGCUGCAGAUCUUGAGUUUCAGUCCUAUUACCCAUAUAGUUAAGAUUUCGUAUUACUACUCCUACUUGGCUGUACUCCACAGGCUUUGUUUCAUGGCAUCCAAACCCCACCACCUCCUCCCCCUACCAAACUCAGCAGCAACAACAGUUGCAUCAAAGAGGGCAAGGGCAAUGACCACUGACUCUUCUUCUUCGUCUUCCUCACCCAUCAAAGACGCUUUCACCAAAUACACCCAAUAUCUCAACACCCUCAAUGAGAAAAGUGAAAGAGUGGUGAAAGCAAGUCAUGACAUCACUGUCAACAGCAAAAAGGUCAUAUUUCAGGUACACAGAAUCAGUAAACACAACAGAGAAGAAGUUUUGGAGAAGGCAGAAAAGGACAUGAAAGCUGUGACAGAUCAGUAUAUUUCUCAACUAGCGAAAGAACUGCAUGGGACUGAUUUCUGGAAGCUAAGACGAGCAUACUCAACUGGGGUAGCCUCUUUGUGUCCUAACCUAUGAAGGCCUGAAAUAUAUAACUAAGUUGAAUCAUUUAUGCGUGGCUGGUUGCAGGUACAAGAGUGCAUUUUUCACUACAAGAAACCUGAACUUUUUUGACCCUUUUUUUUCAAGGGUUCACUAAAGUUUGUCGAAACAAACACUAAUGUGACACUAUUACUAGACUUAUUGAGUACCUUUGAAAUAAGCUAACACAACUCUUGAAUGAGAAAGCAUAGUGAGUGUACACUCAAUUAAGUGCCUGUGCUUCCUCUCAGCUACCCCAUUUUGCUGAGGUGUAUGGGGGCAAGUGAAUUGAUGGACAAGACCAUGAGAUAAGCAGAAAUUUUUGAAAGCAUUAGAAAUGAACUCACCUCCUUUGUCAA